AUGCCUAUUGGCGUUCCAAAAGUACCUUUUCGAAGUCCUGGAGAAGGAGAUACAUCUUGGGUUGACAUAUACAACCGACUUUAUCGAGAAAGAUUAUUUUUUUUAGGCCAAGAGGUUGAUACCGAAAUCUCGAAUCAACUUAUUAGUCUUAUGAUAUAUCUCAGUAUAGAAAAGGAUACCAAAGAUCUUUAUUUGUUUAUAAACUCUCCUGGUGGAUGGGUAAUAUCUGGAAUGGCUAUUUAUGAUACUAUGCAAUUUGUGCGACCCGAUGUACAGACAAUAUGCAUGGGAUUGGCCGCUUCAAUAGCAUCCUUUAUCCUAGUCGGAGGAGCAAUUACCAAACGUAUAGCAUUCCCUCACGCUAGGGUAAUGAUCCAUCAACCCGCUAGUUCGUUUUAUGAGGCACAAACGGGAGAAUUUAUCUUGGAAGCGGAAGAAUUACUUAAACUUCGCGAAACCAUCACAAGGGUUUAUGUACAAAGAACGGGCAAACCUAUAUGGGUUAUAUCCGAAGACAUGGAACGGGAUGUUUUUAUGUCAGCAACAGAAGCCCAAGCUCAUGGAAUUGUUGAUCUUGUAGCGGUUCAAUAA